AUGAAACCUGCCGACGCGACGAAUGAAAAGGUUGGCCCGACGACGACGGAAGGCGGUGCCGAUGCCAUGCUGCAAGACAUCAUGGAGAAGCUGGGGGACAAUGCUCGACAGGUACCCCCAGUUGAUGACGUUCAGUACGUCCUAGAUAAAGUUCAGCUUCUCACGGUAGAAGAGUGCAAGGGCAUUAUUGCGAAGAUGGUGGAGGAUCACUCGAAUGACUACAAUUUCUCGGGGCAACUGCGAGAAAGGCUGACGGCUCUGGCGCGAGGUCCUGCCGAUGGGCAAAGCACGGAAGACUGGGAGUUGCAGUUGAAAACAGAAACUGCGGUAAACAGAUUCUUUUCGCCAUAUCCAGAGGUGCGAGCCGUUUCUACUCCAACGGACGAUGUCAACAUACCCUGCGAAACAAUACGUGCACACUUCCUAGGACUCGCCUGGGCCGCUAUCGGUCAGUUCAGCAAUGCACUCUUCGCGUCUCGUUUCCCCUCAAUCACCAUCUCCUCAGCCGUCACACAACUGUUUUUGUAUCCGUGCGGAUUGUUACUCGCCAAGGUGCUACCAGACUGGGGUUUCAUGCUUCGUGGUCAACGUGUCUCGCUCAACCCCGGGCCUUGGACAUUCAAGGAGCAAAUGCUAUCUACCAUUAUCACCAAUGUUGCGUUGAAUACGGCGUACUGCUACUAUAACAUCCAGACCCAAACCAUUUUUUACAAGGACAAAUGGCUCACCCCCGGUUACGGAAUUCUUCUGCUGCUAUCGACGCAGCUCAUGGGCCUCGGCUUUGCGGGCAUGCUCCGUCGAUUCGUCGUCUAUCCUGUGGAAGCAUUGUGGCCGAGUAUCCUACCGACAGUGGCAUUAAAUCGGGCACUUCUAGUGCCAGAAAAGCGAGAAACGAUCAACGGAUGGAGCAUUUCACGCUAUAAAUUCUUCUUUCUUGCUUUUGUCGCCAUGUUUGUCUGGUUCUGGGUUCCGGGCUACCUAUUUACCGCACUAAGUACCUUUGCCUGGAUAACAUGGAUUGCGCCGAACAAUUUUCACUUGAACAUCAUAACCGGCUCACAACUCGGGUUCGGCAUCAACCCCAUCGCAUCUUUCGACUGGAGUGUAAUUACAGUGACUAAUCAGCCCCUGGUAUAUCCUUUUUUUGCAACCCUGCAAUUCUGCUUGGGGUUUCUUCUCUGCGGAUUCAUCAUCAUGGGUGUUUAUUACACCAAUGUUAGGUGGACCGGUUACCUCCCCCCCAACUCGUCAGCAAUAUUCGACAAUACCGGAAAACGAUACAACAUUACAAAGGUGAUCGAAAAUGGCGUUCUGAUUGAGGAGAAGUAUAAAGCCUACUCUCCGGUGUUUUAUUCUGCUGCCAGCGUUGUCGGAUACACAUCCCAAUUCGCGUUCUUCCCACUUACGUUGGUGUUUAUCACGCUCGACCUCUGGCGGCCAUUCCUCAAGACAUUCCUAACUAUGGCUAAGACAGCCAUGUCAUCGGUGAAGAAAACACUCAUUGGAGUCAAAAAUGCCACAUCAGCAGCUCUAAGUGGCCGAUUUCAAGAGGCUGGUCGGGAACUAUGCGAAAUUUUUAGCGACGACGGCUCCGUCUACGACGGUUUUGAUGAUCCCUUCACCAAAAUGAUGCGACAAUAUCCAGAGGUUCCCGACUGGUGGUUUUUCGUCAUUACCCUUUGUGCCUUCGUAUUUGGCAUCGUCGUUUUGUGCAACUGGCCUCAACUCCAGACACCAGUGUGGACAAUCUUUUUCGUGAUCGGGCUCAACCUUGUCUUCCUUAUUCCGUUGGCAUACCUUUACGCUAUAUCAGGCAGUCCCAUGGGCCUCAACGUUCCCUCUGAACUGAUAGUUGGCUAUGCGCUGCCUGGGCAUCCCGAGGCUAUGAUGUUUGUUAAGGCGUUCGGCUACAUCAUCGGGACUCAAGCGGACAACUACAUUUCAGAUCAGAAGAUGGGCCUUUACGCGCAGAUACCUCCCCGUGCCAUGUAUCGUGGCCAACUGAUGAGUUCCAUCAUCGCGGCAAUCGUCUGCUACGUCGUGGUACAAUUCGUGGAUACCCUCCCAGGGAUAUGCACCCCGACUCAGGCGUCCAAGUUCACUUGUACAAGUGGCUCCGUCAUAUACUUCUCAUCAUCCAUAGUCUGGGGCGCCAUCGGGCCGCAGCGAACGUUUUCGCAGAUGUACCCCGCUAUGAAGUAUGGCUUCUUGUUAGGGUUUCUCCUUGCCGUGGUAUGGUGGACUGUCAAGAACUUUGGGCCGCAUUUCCGCCGACUAUGCAUGGACUCAUUGCCGGCACCCAUGUUCCGUUUGUGCAACACCACCGUCUUUACUCCCAUCUCGUGGCUCAAGCCCGUCCACCCGUCGAUCUUUCUAAGUGGAUUCCUGGUCUGGGCGCCGCUGAAUCUCUCCUACGUCACCGGUGCUUUCUAUCUAUCUUGUUUCUUCAUGUACUACCUGAAAAGGAACAAGACAGCGUGGUGGGAGAAGUAUACCUAUCUUCUAUCGGCAGCUUUCACGGGCGGGCUGGCUUUUUCUGCCAUCAUCAUGUUCUUCGCCGUCCAGUAUUACCCCAAAGAACUCCACUGGUGGGGGAAUGACGUCAACGGCAAAACUAUCGAUGGCGGCGCUGGGCGGAAUGCCCUCCUUCAGGACCUGCCUGAGAGGGGCUACUUUGGUCCCGAUUCGUGGUACUGA